ACGGAGGACAGCCGGCGCCUCCAGCCCUGCCGGCCCGGGGGCAGCGCGCCCCUACCUGCCCCGGCUCGGUACCAAGACGGGCCCAGGAUCCCUGAGGAGGGGACCACAGCCUGAGGGCAGAAUCGUCCUGGAGAAUCAGCAAGAAAGACACCCUGGAACCGGACCCCGACGGUUGACCAAGAGGGCUCUCUCUCCUGCUCUCCAGCGCAUGAGCAGCCCAGCCUGCUGACCACCUCUCCGCGCCUGUCCAUCCUCCCGCGGCCACACCAUGUCCGGCUCCUAUGAUGAGGCCUCCCUAGCUCCAGAGGAGACAACUGACAGCUUCUGGGAGGUGGGGAACUACAAGCGGACAGUGAAGCGCAUCGAUGACGGGCACCGCCUGUGCAACGACCUGAUGAACUGCGUGCAGGAGCGUGCCAAGAUCGAGAAGGCCUACGCGCAGCAGCUCACCGACUGGGCCAAGCGCUGGCGCCAGCUCAUCGAGAAAGGCCCACAGUAUGGCAGCCUGGAGCGGGCCUGGGGCGCCAUCAUGACGGAGGCGGACAAGGUGAGCGAACUGCACCAGGAGGUGAAGAACAGCCUACUGAACGAGGACCUGGAGAAGGUCAAGAACUGGCAGAAGGACGCCUAUCACAAGCAGAUCAUGGGUGGCUUCAAGGAGACCAAGGAGGCUGAAGAUGGCUUCCGCAAGGCCCAGAAGCCCUGGGCCAAGAAGAUGAAGGAGCUCGAGGCAGCCAAGAAGGCCUACCAUCUGGCCUGCAAAGAGGAGAAGCUGGCUGUGACGCGGGAGAUGAAUAGCAAGACCGAGCAGUCAGUCACACCCGAGCAGCAGAAGAAGCUUCAGGACAAAGUGGACAAGUGCAAGCAGGAUGUGCAGAAGACACAGGAGAAGUAUGAGAAGGUGCUGGAUGAAGUGGGCAAGACCACGCCCCAGUACAUGGAGGGCAUGGAGCAGGUGUUUGAGCAGUGCCAGCAGUUUGAGGAAAAGCGGCUGGUCUUCCUCAAGGAGGUGCUGCUGGACAUCAAACGUCACCUGAACCUAGCUGAGAAUAGCAGCUAUGUCCAAGUGUACCGGGAACUGGAGCAGGCCAUCCGGGGGGCCGAUGCCCAGGACGACCUCAAAUGGUUCCGCAGCACCAGCGGCCCUGGCAUGCCCAUGAAUUGGCCCCAGUUUGAGGAGUGGAACCCAGACCUCCCUCACACUGCCACCAAGAAGGAGAAACAGCCUAAGAAGGCAGAGGGGGCACCGCUGACCAAUGCCACUGGGGUGGUGGAGUCCACAUCCCAGGCUGGGGACCGUGGCAGCGUUAGCAGCUACGACAGGGGCCAGCCUUAUACCACCGAGUGGUCAGACGACGACAGCGGGAACACAUUUGGGGGCAAUGAGGCCAACGGGGGCGCCAACCCUUUCGAGGACGAAGCCAAGGGAGUGCGUGUGCGGGCGCUGUACGACUACGACGGCCAGGAGCAGGACGAGCUCAGCUUCAAGGCCGGAGACGAGCUCACGAAGCUGGGCGAGGAGGACGAGCAGGGCUGGUGCCGCGGGCGGCUGGACAGCGGGCAGUUUGGCCUCUAUCCCGCCAACUACGUGGAGGCCAUCUAGCUGCCCCGCUCCCCUCCCACCGCCCCUCGCCCCUUGCCCACCACCUCCCCUCCCUUCCUGUUCUUGUCACCACCCCUCGCCAUAGAGUUCCAGACAUAUUUUACGAUCAAGCUUUUAUUUUUUUAAAAGUCAAAAUAGAACAAAACAAAAAAUACAAAGAGAUGGAGCAUUUGCAGGGCCGCCUGGAGGCCAGGGUGUUGGGACUUGGGGUGAUGGCCCCUGGGUAGGGGAGGGGCUUAGGGCUUAGCCCGACAGAGACAUCAAUAUCCAGUCUUUAGAUCCCACCAAAGAGUCUCCUGAGCCCUGAGAGAUGUCUCCUGGACCUUCCUAUCCUGCUCCAUUGCCCCCAUCCCAACCUCUCUUCCCCACCCCAGGCUGCCAGCCCCUGCCCUGCCCCCUGCCCUGGGCCUGGUUUUCUGACCACCUCCUCCUGCCUCUCCCUGCUCCCCUCCCACCACCAUCCUACUCUCAGAGGCCUCCCCUCAACCCCAGACAAGGGGCUCCGAGUGUUUAGUCUUGCACUGUGCCCUGGGGAGUGCCCUGUUUCCCUGGCCUCACCCCUCAGGACUGGUGACACUGCAAGAGGAAUGGCCACCCUCUUCUCCCAUAGAGGUUUCCAGGUGUCCCUAGACACCCCCAGGCAUGACGAGGGUUGAGCUGUAGCUGGUGACUGUCACUGUGGUGUCGGAGGGUCAGUGAAGGGGGACAGGCCCUCAGUCCUUUCAACGCCAGGCUCAGCUGAGGGACCAGGACCCCACUAAGGCCCCUCUUCCCAGCUGUGUGCACCCCAGGCCCAGGCUCUCCCUCAGAGCCACACCCUUCAGUAUUUGCAGUGACACCCCCCCCUCAACCCCCCACCCCAAGUCCUCAGGCAGGAGCAGGGGCAGGGGCCCCAAAGCCCAGGGCAAAGCCAGCAACAGUAGCAGCCUCCUCCCAUUUCCUGGGGAGGAGGGCAUC